GACAGAAAGCGCUGGCAGGCGGGCGCGUUGCCUCAAACUCAAACUUACUCUCAGUCUGAAUACUCCCGGAAGGCUUUUCCCUUUAGGACUAACCUGCCCAUUAAAUCAUUGACGCUCCCAACUAGUAACCCACUCACUGAAAUGGGACAUAGAAGCAGGGACACACUUGCAUCUUUCAAUGGAGAAGAUGCUAUUUGAUUUUGCAGCAGUCAGACGGAGCAGGUGAAUUCCCAGAUAUGAUGAGACAAGCUACAGAGAAGCUCCCCUCUCCUUGUGUCUUCUCCCUUUCCCUUUUCCUCCUCCUUCACAGCCUAAUCUCUGCUACAUCUUCUAGUCAACAUCAUAUCCCAGCUUUGGUUCCCAACAAUACUCUCCCGCUUUCAAGGCCUCACUUCAGUGCUCAUACCAAGUUGGAUUUCACCACUCACUGCAACCUCAGCUGCUACCAGCAAGCAGUAUUGCCAGUUGACCAAGAGAUCUUAAGUUCGAGGCUCUCCUAUGAGACCUUGUAUGCAGAUGGCAGCCGCACUCUGACCACAGUAACACUGGACAACAGGGAGACAACUGUGCAAGACUCUCCGAAAGUAAGGCAUUUCAGACAAAAUAAGAGACACAAACGGCAAAUCUAUGGGGCAGAUGGUAGGUUUAGCAUCAAAGGGGCAAAAUUUCUCCUUGAAUACCCAUUUUCAACGGCCGUCCGAAUUUCAACGGGAUGUUCAGGUGUCCUAGUAUCGGACCGUCAUGUUUUGACAGCUGCCCACUGUGUGCACGAUGGAAAAGAUUAUGUUAAGGGAGCUCGAAAACUGAGAGUUGGGUUCCUGGUGCCAUCCUUUAAUGUGACAAGGGCCAACCAAUCUUCGGUUUCCACUGAAAUGAAAGUUGACAAACCAGCUGCUGUACGUUGGGUCAGAGUGAGGCGGACACGGGUCCCAAAAGGCUGGAUCCAGGGUCCACAAGACAUCAGCAUGGAUUAUGACUACUCCUUAUUAGAACUCCGCUGGCCCCAUAAACGACCUUUUAUGAGGCUUUCUGUGGCACCUGAUGCAGAUGACUUGGCAGGCAAACGGGUCCAUUUUUCAGGAUUUGACAGUGACCGCCCCGGGGAACUGGUAUACCGGUUUUGCCCUGUUGAAGAUGAGUCAAAUGAUUUGAUCUAUCAACACUGUGAUGCUCGGCCUGGAGCCAGUGGCUCUGGAGUUUAUGGAAGAAUUUGGGACCCUGCUGCUGAACGAUGGGAAAGGAAAGUUAUUGGAAUUUUUUCAGGGCACCAGUGGUUGGAGGUAAAUGGGGAGAACCGUGAUUUCAAUGUGGCUGUCCGCUUUACUCCUAUGAAGUUUGCGCAGAUUUGUUACUGGGUGAAGGGCAAUCACGUUGAUUGUCAACAGGACAACUGAAUAUUAAGAGAGCAUGCCAUGAUGUAGGAUAAAAAUAACAUAUCUUCAUUAAGUUUUUGAGUUAUGACUCCUUUUUUUUUUUUUCCUAAUGAAAGCACUUUUCUUAAUUCCCUGUGAUGGCCUGGCACCCCAUCCAGGGUUGGUUCCUGCUUUUCGCCACUCCUGCCAGGAGAGGUUCUGGCUUUUUGCAACCCUGCACUGGACAAAGCAGUUUUACAGAAUGAAUGAAUGACUGGAUAGACUGAUGGACUCAUCUCCUUUACAAAUAAACAAGGGUUGUGACAGCAGCUUAUUUAUUCUCUUUAAUAUUAUGUACGCCAGAUAAUGUUGCAUAAUCACAGUUAUGCACAUAUUUUCAGCACAGAGAGUUUCAGAUCUUACAUGUUACACAGCAUAUCAAACCACAUGAAACCGAAGCGCAAAAACUUUCUUUAGAGAUUGUCUGAAACUUUGACACCAUCCACGCCCUGCCAUCCUAUGUGGAGAUUGUUCAGCUCUGUUUACUUGCCCUGUAUUGCCACCAUCACAGCACAGCACUUCUUUGAAUGUUACUAGCAAAAUACUGACAGGAUUUAUUAUUUUUUUUAUUUCGUUUGUUUGUUUGUUUGUUUGUUUAAUUAAACUGCCAUUAUUUUAAGGCAGUCUAAUGGAAUGUGCUUAUAUGUAAAAUAAAAUAUUGAUAAAGCUUC